UUGAGGAUCGCGAUGGAGUGCAGAGCUGUUCCCAUUCUUCCCACCUACUCUCAAGCCUGCGGUACUUCCCUGCCCCGAAAGCCGUCCCUUUGCCGCACUCUCUUCGAUUACGGACCUCUAAACGAUCCAGUGAUAAUACUCAUAACUCUAGCCGUGGUAGUGGGAUCCUUCUGCCUGCUUAGCGGGUUUAUUCUCCUCUGUGUUGUAUCGAAAGCCUGGCAGGAUGAGACCUCCGAGGCCAUUCUUCUGAUGGCGAUUGGAUUUUUUAUCACGGCCCUUUCCUGCGUAUCCUGGAAAUUAACGCGAGCCCAACGGAUCACUCAACUGGUGGAUGCCCUCAGCACGGAGAACCAGACUAUUUGACAGUACUUGUGUACAGUGUAUAAUAUCUACUUGAUGUACAGUCAAUUGUAAUUCCAAGAGAGCUGAGAAACUGAAACGUACAAAAAUAAAAACUAGUCUUUUUUUAAAUAAUCAAAACCGAACUUAAAAUCAGUUAUUUCGAAGUAUAUGCCUUUUUUUGUCAAACU